GUGAUUCCCCCCGUUCCCUGCACUGCUGUCUCUCCCCUGGGCUCCCGGGUGUUCCCUGCACAUCUUAUUUUCAAAUAAGAUGAUUAUUAAGUAUAAGAAUAUUCUGGUUUAUUAAUGAUAACAUAUGAUUAUGUUACUUAAUAGAAUACAUAUUCAUGAUUGAUAUUAUGCAUAUUUGAUGAAUUAUAUGGGGAUGAAUAAUGAAUGUUUUAUUUUGUUUAGUUGGUAAGAAACUUCUAUUCUGAAAAGGAGGUUUGUAUCAGAUUACUAGCCUAGAUGUAUAACCUUUGUGUUAAAGCAAAUAUCAAAGGUUGUAUAAUCCUUGGUGUCUGUGUGAAUAAGAUGAGAACACCUUGAAGGAUUUUACAAACUCUCCACAAUAUAGAGCAUACCUGUUGAGAGGGUAAUAAUUAAUCAAGGACAGACCAAUUUUGAAUGGCUAGUGUGUUCUCAAGUAUAUUGUAUGUGUACUGAAGGUAUUAAGUAGUUACACAGCAUUGUUCUAGUCUGGAGCAAUGUCAACAAUAGUGUGUAACAUCGAAUUAAGGAAGGUCAAAAGUUAUUUUAUAUUUUCUGAAUAUUUCUCAGACCACAAUAUUUGAGGAAACAGUGCCAUCUACAGAUGGGGGAGGACAUCACGGAUCCAGAGGUCACUGUAACAAAUAUUUAGAACAACUGGUGAUAAUUUAACUUAAAGACUGCCCUUUGGUGCCAGUUGGUUAGUUGAUAAAUCCCAGAGGUGGAGUUUUAGAUAGAGAUAAAGGAUAAGUUAGGAGAGAAAAAGGGAAAAAAAGAGAGACUCUCAAGGGAAGGAAAGAAGGAGAAACUAAGAAAAGAAAGAAAGAGAAAAACUAGGAAGGAAAUCUAAAACUACGGGGAGACUCUCAACUAUAAGAAGACUCAUUCUCCAACUAAAAGGAAGAACCAGAUGUUUUUAAAGAUCCAGAAAGGGAGAUCAGGGGAUAUCACAGGCCAAUAAAACUCUACAUCUGGACGUUGCUUCGUGAUAAGAGUCAUCAAAACAUACUGGUUAAGUCUCUGAAGGCCACGUGGGGACAUUAUAGUAGGACACAGUGUGGAAGAAUGUGUAAGGCUGGCACAGCACAAACCCAGGCUGAGUAGGAGUGUGAGCCAACUGCAUGGAAUGAGGAUCACUGACUGAGCUCACAAGCCUUUUGAUUGGUUGGAUGUGGGAAAGGCUUCUCUGUGAUUGGUCAUCUUCUAACCCACCUUUACCUGCAGAGACAGAAGGAUGGACACCCAGGGGAAACAUUUGGCCAAUAAGGGGUGUGGGCAGGAUUUUGGUACUGAGCCCAAUCCUCUUACCGGUACUGAAUGUGGGGAAACAUCAUCUCUAACCAAAGACUGUCAGGGGCAAAGGAGAAGUUCUACAGAAGAAAAACAUUUUGUCUGUGCAGAAUGUGGAAAAACCAGUCCCCAGAACGCUAACACAGGGGAGAGAAAUAUCACUUGUGCACAAUGUAAGGAAACCCAGUCUUUCAGGAGCAGCCGUUUAACUCACUUUGUAAUACACACAGGGGAAAAAACAAUCACUUGUACAGAAUGUGGCAAAGGCUUUGCUCAAAAGUCUAAACUUGUAUCUCAUAUGAAAAUACACACAGGGGAGAAACCUUUUACUUGUACAGAAUGUGGCAAAGGUUUUGCUCAUAAGAAUUACCUUGUAUCUCAUAUGAAUAUACACACAGGGGAGAAACCUUUUACUUGUACAGAAUGUGGCAAAGGUUUUGCUCAUAAGAAUUACCUUGUAUCUCAUAUGAAAAUACACACAGGGGAGAAACCAUUCACUUGUACAGAAUGUGGCAAAGGCUUUGCUCAAAAGAGUCAACUUGUAUCUCAUAUGAAAAUACACACAGGGGAGAAACCUUUUACUUGUACAGAAUGUGGCAAAGGCUUUGCUCAUAACCAUAGCCUUGUAUCUCAUAUGAAAAUACACACAGGGGAGAAACCUUUCACUUGUACAGAAUGUGGGAGACACUUUGCACAUAAGUGCCACUUUUUAUGUCACCUAAAAAUACACACAGGGGAGAAACCAUUCACUUGUACAGAAUGUGGCAAUGGUUUUGCUCAAAAGAAUAACCUUGUAUCUCAUAUGAAAAUACACACAGGGGAGAAACCUUUCACUUGUACAGAAUGUGGCAAUGGUUUUGCUCAAAAGAAUAACCUUGUAUCUCAUAUGAAAAUACACACAGGGGAGAAACCUUUCACUUGUACAGAAUGUGGCAAAGGCUUUGCUCAUAAGCAUAGCCUUGUAUCUCAUAUGAAAAUACACACAGGGGAGAAACCUUUCACUUGUACAGAAUGUGGGAGACACUUUGCACAUAAGUGCCACUUUUUAUGUCACCUAAAAAUACACACAGGGGAGAAACCUUUCACUUGUGCAGAAUGUGGCAAAGGCUUUACUCAAAAGAAUUACCUUGUAUCUCAUAUGAAAAUACACACAGGGGAGAAACCAUUCACUUGUACAGAAUGUGGCAAAGGCUUUGCUCAUAAGCAUAACCUUGUAUCUCAUAUGAAAAUACACACAGGGGAGAAACCUUUCACUUGUACAGAAUGUGGCAAAAGCUUUGCUCAAAAGAAUAACUUUGUAUCUCAUAUGAAAAUACACACAGGGGAGAAACCAUUCACUUGUACAGAAUGUGGCAAAAGCUUUGCUCAAAAGAAUAACUUUGUAUCUCAUAUGAAAAUACACACAGGGGAGAAACCUUUCACUUGUACAGAAUGUGGCAAAAGCUUUACUCAAAAGAAUAGCCUUGUAUCUCAUAUGAAAAUACACACAGGGGAGAAACCUUUCACUUGUACAGAAUGUGGGAGACACUUUGCACAUAAGUGCCACUUUUUAUGUCACCUAAAAAUACACACAGGGGAGAAACCAUUCACUUGUACAGAAUGUGGCAAUGGUUUUGCUCAAAAGAAUGUUCUUGUAUCUCAUAUGAAAAUACACACAGGGGAGAAACCUUUCACUUGUACAGAAUGUGGCAAUGGUUUUGCUCAAAAGAAUAGCCUUGUAUCUCAUAUGAAAAUACACACAGGGGAGAAACCUUUCACUUGUACAGAAUGUGGGAGACACUUUGCACAUAAGUGCCACUUUUUAUGUCACCUUAAAAUACACACAGGGGAGAAACCAUUCACUUGUACAGAAUGUGGCAAUGGUUUUGCUCAAAAGAAUAACCUUGUAUCUCAUAUGAAAAUACACACAGGGGAGAAACCUUUCACUUGUACAGAAUGUGGCAAUGGUUUUGCUCAUAAGCAUAGCCUUGUAUCUCAUAUGAAAAUACACACAGGGGAGAAACCAUUCACUUGUACAGAAUGUGGCAAAGGCUUUGCUCAUAAGCAUAACCUUGUAUCUCAUAUGAAAAUACACACAGGGGAGAAACCAUUCACUUGUACAGAAUGUGGCAAAAGCUUUGCUCAAAAGAAUAGCCUUGUAUCUCAUAUGAAAAUACACACAGGGGAGAAACCAUUCACUUGUACAGAAUGUGGCAAAAGCUUUGCUCAAAAGAAUAACUUUGUAUCUCAUAUGAAAAUACACACAGGGGAGAAACCAUUCACUUGUACAGAAUGUGGCAAAAGCUUUGCUCAAAAGAAUAAACUUGUAUCUCACAUGAAAAUACACACAGAGGAAAAACCUUUCACUUGUACAGAAUGUGGCAAAGGCUUUGCUCAUAAGAAUAAACUUGUAUCACAUAUGAAAAUACACACAGGGGAGAAACCUUUCACUUGUACAGAAUGUGGCAAAGGCUUUACUCAUAAGAAUAAACUUGUAUCUCAUAUGUACAUACACACAGAGGAAAAACCUUUCACUUGUACAGAAUGUGGCAAAGGCUUUGCUCAAAAGAAUAACCUUGUAUCUCAUAUGAAAAUACACACAGGGGAGAAACCUUUCACUUGUACAGAAUGUGGCAAAGGCUUUGCUCAAAAGAAUAACCUUGUAUCUCAUAUGAAAAUACACACAGGGGAGAAACCUUUCACUUGUACAGAAUGUGGCAAAAGCUUUGCUCAAAAGAAUGUUGUAGUAUCUCAUAUGAAAAUACACACAGGGUGGGAGAAACCUUUCACUUGUACAGAAUGUGGCAAAGGUUUUGCUCAUAAGAAUAACCUUGUAUCUCAUAUGUACAUACACACAGGGGAGAAACCUUUCACUUGUACAGAAUGUGGGAAAGGCUUUGCUCAAAAGAUUAACCUUGUAUCUCAUAUGAAAAUACACACAGGGGAGAAACCAUUCACUUGUACAGAAUGUGGGAAAGGCUUUGCUCGUAAGAAUCACCUUGUAUCUCAUAUAAAAAUACACACAGGGGAGAAACCUUUCACUUGUACAGAAUGUGGCAAAGGCUUUGCUCGUAAGAAUCACCUUGUAUCUCAUAUAAAAAUACACACAGGGGAGAAACCUUUCACUUGUACAGAAUGUGGCAAAGGCUUUGCUCGUAAGAAUCACCUUGUAUCUCAUAUAAAAAUACACACAGGGGAGAAACCUUUCACUUGUACAGAAUGUGGCAAAGGCUUUGCUCAUAAGAAUCACCUUGUAUCUCAUAUAAAAAUACACAAAGGAGAGAAACCAUUCACUUGUACAGAAUGUGGCAAAGGCUUUGCUCGUAAGAAUCACCUUGUAUCUCAUAUAAAAAUACACACAGGGGAGAAACCUUUCACUUGUACAGAAUGUGGCAAAGGCUUUGCUCAUAAGAAUCACCUUGUAUCUCAUAUAAAAAUACACAAAGGAGAGAAACCAUUCACUUGUACAGAAUGUGGCAAAGGCUUUGCUCGUAAGAAUCACCUUGUAUCUCAUAUAAAAAUACACACAGGAGAGAAACCAUUCACUUGUACAGAACAGUGACCUUGCCACUCACUUUAAAUGGCACACAAGGGUGUAAUAAUUUAUUCAUGCAGAAUGAGGCAACAGCUUUUAUAACAAAAGCAAAGUUGUCAUUCAUUGGAAAAGUCACACCAAGAAUAAAGGUUUCCCUUGCCCAGAUCAGCCUCCUGAGUCACCUGAAUAUACACACUGGGGAGAAGAAUUGCACUUGCACAGAAUAUGGUAAACGCUUCUACCAAAAAUGUUAUUGGACUGACACUGUAAUGUGAACUGACAUAGAAAGUGUAUCUAUGAGCAAAGCCAUGAUGAGAGAUGCUAUGUGGACAAAUCUAACGAAACCAUCAUAUCUCCCCCUCUCUGAUCCCCUCUGUUACAAGUAUGGUCAAAAUUUAUAAUAUGAGGCAAAGACUGGCAAAUUGAUUCAUGGGAAACCCUUUUAUCUUCAUGUUCAACCUGACAUGGGAAUUAAGAGGUGAUCUGCCAAAGGUAUAAAACAUACAGAGGUGGUUGAUCAUGGUCAUUUAAUCUCUUUUAGCUUCAUUCAUUUUGAGUUUUUCAAGAAUCAGUUUAAUAAAUAAUGAUAAAGCAAA